UGUGCGCAGUCGUACUUAUCUUGCUCUCGCGCGUUUUACUUAUUAUUUGAUAAUAUAUAUAUUUCGAUACUUUGGAAAAUUUUCGUGUCGUUCGUUUCUUUUAUUUUUCCGUUAAUUAAAUUAUUUUGCACCAUGGUACUCAUUGAUGCGAUGAGAUUGAUCGGAAUCACGUUAAUCUUGUCGAUUUACGGUCGUCUUGAUGCAGCGCCGACGGAAAUAAUCUCUGAACCAAAUGAUCUACUCAUAGAAAAUGUAAAAUGGAACACCUGGAAGCAAUCGGAUAACACUAAAUUCAAUUCAGAUGAUUUUCUCAGCACAACAGAGAUGAUAAAAGAGGCGGGUUAUCCCACGGAAACUCACGUUGUAACAACAAAGGAUGGCUAUCUCUUGACGUUACAUCGUAUCCCAGGUCGCAACGACUCUCUACCUAUAUUACUACUACACGAUUUUAUUAGUAGCUCCGCCGAUUGGGUCGUUCUUGGUAAAGGCAAAGCACUCGCUUACUUGUUAGCGGAUCAGGAAUACGAUGUUUGGCUGGGAAAUUUUCGUGGUAAUCUCUAUUCAAGAACGCAUGUUUCUUUAUCUCCGUCGAAUUUAACAUUUUGGGAUUUCAGCUAUCACGAAAUGGGCAUCUACGAUUUACCUGCAAUGAUUACAUUUAUCACAAACUAGCUUUUCGGACCG